AAUGUUGUUAUUCAUAGUAUUAUUUUUGAAUUUACAGGAACUGAUGUCAAAAGAGAUGACUAAAAUAAAUCGAGAUGUGCUAAUGCUAAGAGAAGAUCAGGCUCCUAAAGUUGGAGCAAGCUUGAGCCAAUCUGAACCAAGGAAGAUUUUAAUGGUUGGCAUUAAACCUCACAUACCUGAUUUGAAUGUGAAACCUUGUUCUGAUUCCGACGAGGAAGAAAAAGGAGAAAUUGGAAAAGCAUUUCAGAAUCUUGCAGGUUUAAAACCUCAUGAUGCCUGUUAUGUUGAUCAUAAGCUUUUGUACGAGCUUGAGGUCGAGAUCAUUGCUCGUCUACCAUGCUUUGAAUACUGGAAACUGCAGUUUCUUAACAAGAAAUUCUUGCAGUUAUUAAAAAGCUGUGAAAUUUUCAGGGUGAGACAAGAAAGGGGACUUGUGACACCCUAUGUGAUUUUGCAUUCAGGAGCUGUAUCUAAUUGGGAAAUGUUUGAUAAGGAUUUUAAAACCUUUCGGAGACUUCCUAAAGUUCCUUCUUCUGAUUAUUGCUUUUUCUACAGCGGUAAGGAAACAGUUAGUGUGAGUACUCAACUAACUGUCAUAGGGAGAGAAAGAGACGAAAUUGUGGUGUUUUCUUAUGAGCUAGAGAAUCAUAAGUGGUUCAAAGGUCCUUCAAUGAUCACACCGAGGGCCAUGUACGGUUCUGCGAGCCAUGGUAAAACAACAUUUUUUGCAGGAGACAUUAAAAUGGAUGAAAAUGGAAACCCUAUUGUUGUGCAAACUGUAGAAAAAUAUAAUGCUGAUACAAAAAGGUAGUCUAUGAUUAAUGGAAUGUAUAAAGCAAGGAAGUUCAGCUCAGGAUGUUUCUUGCGUGAAAAAUUUUACGUCCUCGGUGGCCGAGAUGAUAAUGAUAAACACCUCACUUGUGGAGAAAGUUAUGAUGAGACAACAGAUUCUUGGGAGUUGAUACCUGACAUGCUAAAAGACAUGACAAUCAUUGUGCAUUCCCAAUCUCCGCCCCUUAUUGCUGUGGUUGAUGACAAUCUAUACAUGUUAGAAACAUCUUUGAACGAGCUUCGGGUAUAUGAUAUAAACACAAAUAUUUGGAAGAAAGUUGGUGUUGUCCAUGUGAGCGCAAACGCUGCCUUCGGUUGGGGGAUUGCGUUUAAAUCGAUGGGAGACAGACUUUUGGUGAUUGGAACUUCUCACUCUUGGCAAAGAAAGACAGUAGUUCACUCAUGCCGUCCUUCUCCAGACGUGAAAGAGCAGCACUGGGAAGAAAUAAAACAUUGGUGUAUUGGUGCUGAGCUCCCACAGUUUAUUCAUAACUGUUGUGUGAUGUUUGCUUAAAGUUUUUUCCAAGGAAAGCUUGGAAACUUAUUUGUUUUUUGCAUUUGUGCUUAAAGUUGUUGCAUUUGGUUUUAAGUUUUUUGGUUUGUGUUUUUCUGAAUUUUUUGUUUUUCAUUUGGGAUAAAAAUGUUGUUGUUUUUCGUUUGUUUUAAGUGCUUAUGUUUGUGAAAAAAAUACUAAUGUUGUCUAUGUAAUGGUUAUUUAUUUAUUUUGGUUUUGUUUUUUCCCUCUUCAGCCAUAAAUGUCAUGUUCAGUUAAAAUUGCUAUCUGUUUUCAGUUUAUUUUCCAAAUUUAUAGGUUUGUAAAAGUUAUAGCACAUUAAAAUCGUAUCUUAAUUUAUUAUUUUUUAGUUCGGAUAAUGAGAGUUUUAAGGUCAUUUGGCUUUUAAACAAUAAACCAUGGUUGUAUCUAUUUUUAUUUAAAAAUUCCUGAUUUGAUUUUAUAUGGUUACAUAAUGGAUUUUCUAUGAGAUUUUACUAAAAUAGGGAAUAAAGUAAUUUAGUUUUGGUAAUUUUAAUAUAUCAUUUUAUCGUAUUUUGUGUUAACCCAAUAUUUAUUAUUUACACAGAGGUGCAGAAAAAUAAUGGAGUUGUAAAUAGUUAGAAAUAAAAGAACAACACUUAUAAAUAUGUACUUAUUUAUCUACAAAUAAUAAUAAAGAUAACGUUGUUAUUUCUUAAUAUUAUUACAUGUCAGUUCGAUAUUAGCGGCUUGAUCUCUGUAACUAUUUAUUAGAUCAUCCCAAUUUUAAAACUCUUUAUUGUUUAUCCAAGAUCAAUGAUUUGAGUUCGCAAUAUUUUAUUCAUUGAAACCGAUUUAAAGAACUCUCUGAAGCUAUAGGAGCAUCAAUUUUUUCUUCUGGAAAGUGAACAUUGUAAGCUACUUAAAAGGUACCAGAGAAACAAUAAAUAUCCGUUGCAUUGUAACAUAAAUAAGUUCAUUUCUUUAUAUACUCUUAGAGUAACCAAAUACAGUAUGGUUCGAUUCAGGUUAGUCAUAGGGUAUUAAAUUAAUACUCGACUUUCGAUUUAUAAAUCUAUUGUGUUAUAUACACAAAUAGACUUUGAUCGAAGAAAAUAUAAAAAAUGGACUUUCAUUAUAGAUGGAAAGUAAUCUUUUAAUUUAAAAUGGAACCAUUUUAUUUUGCAAGUAUCAACUUUGUUAUUUAUUGUUCUUUAAUAAUGCAAACAUUUAAAAAAAAAAAUUGCAAUGAAAUAAAAUAAUUAAUUUAAUUGAAAGCCAAAAAGUAUUCAAAACAUUUCUUUGAAAACCUAAUAAAUAUUCUCAAACAAUUAACAAAAACUUAGUCCAAACUGCAAACAAUCACUAAUUAGUAGUCUUAUCGUGUAUGGUAAAGAUUUAAAUAAACUCAUAAAAGUUUAUUCAAAACUUCCAGAUAAUUUAUUACUUGUAUUUAUGGUAGAUGGUUGAAUAAGGAUAUUGUAUUAAUAUGGUAAUAAAAUUAAACAAAGCAGUAUAAUUAUGGUAGAGCUAAAAUUUAAAACACAUAUGCUAUAUAUAUCUGAGUAACUUAGUCAAGAUUUCUUAUGCAUCUUUUCAACUAACUAAAUAUAACUGGGAUUCAAGAGAGCAUUCAAUAAAGAAUUUCUAUCCAUUUUUAAGAUACACAUUCAAAUUUUAUGAUAAAUCUAAUCACUAGUGAUAUUAUUACAUAUCAGAUUUUUUAUAUUGCAUCACUAUCAUAGAAUAUAUUAAUCUUUGUCAUAAUAUGCUUAGUUUUGAAAUUAUAUUGAUUUACUUAUAAGAUAUAGUACAUAUUCCCAAUUUGAUAUUUUGAAAGUUCUUUAAAUAGAAAAAUUAUAAUCGUUAAAGGCAUGUAAUUAUAUGUUUUAGAACAGUGUUUGUCCAUUUAUGUCGUGUUGCAUAAAUUUAAAUUUCAUUUUUCUAGUGGCUCACAUUAUUGUAUAGACUAAGGAAAUAAUUUUUCUUAAUCUCUUGAAAUAUUAAAUUUUCAAAGCAUUAAAUUAUAUAGAAGCAUUAAUUAAUUAUUUGCUUGCAAUUUUUGAGUUUAUAUUAGUUAAUGCAAUUUUUGUUUGAUUUCCCAGUUUAUAUAACAUAAUCUCAUUAUUGUUUGUUUAAAUAAAUUUUGGGAGUUCAAAUACUUAAAAUUGUUUGUAAUUAUAUGUUGUAAAAAAAUUCUGUUAGAUUCUUGGAAUUGAAUGUUGUUAUUCAUAGUAUUAUUUUUGAAUUUACAGGAAUUGAUGUCAAAAGAGAUGGCUAAAAUAAAUCGAAAUGUGCUAACGGUAAGAGAAGACCAGGCUCCUAAAAUUGGAGCAAGCUUGAGCCAAUCUGAACCAAGGAAGAUUUCAAUGGUUGGCAUUAAACCUCACAUACCUGACUUAAAUGUGAAACCUUGUUCUGAUUCCAACGAGGAAGAAAAAGGAGAAAUUGGAAAAGCAUUUCAGAAUCUUGCAGGUUUAAAAACUCAUGAUGCCUGUUAUGUUGAUCAUAAGCUUUUGUACGAGCUUAAGGUCGAGAUCAUUGCUCGUCUACCAUGCUUUGAAUACUGGAAACUGCAGUUUCUUAACAAGAAAUUCUUGCAGUUAUUAAAGAGCUGUGAAAUUUUCAGGGUGAGACAAGAAAGAGGACUUGUGAAACCCUAUGUGAUUUUGCAUUCAGGUGCUGUAUCUAAUUGGGAAAUGUUUGAUAAGGAUUUUAAAACCUUUCGGAGACUUCCUAAAAUUCCUUUUUCUGACUAUUGCUUUUUCUACAGCGGUAAGGAAGCAGUUAGUGUGGGUACUCAACUAAUUAUCAUAGGGAAAGAAAGAUAUGAAAUUGUGGUGUUUCGUUAUGAGCUAGAGAAUCAUAAGUGGUUCAAAGGUCCUUCAAUGAUCACACCGAGGGCCAUGUACGGUUCUGCGAGCCAUGGUAAAACCGCAUUUUUUGCAGGAGGCAUUAAAAUGGAUGAAAAUGGAAACCAUGUUGUUGUGCAAACUGUAGAAAAGUAUAAUGCUGAUACAAAAAGGUGGACUAUGAUUAAUGGAAUGCAUAAAGCAAGGAAGUUCAGCUCAGGAUGUUUCUUGCGUGGAAAAUUUUAUGUCCUCGGUGGCCGAGAUGAUAAUGAUAAACACCUCACUUGUGGAGAAAGUUAUGAUGAGACGACAGAUUCUUGGGAGUUGAUACCUGACAUGCUAAAAGACAUGACAGUCAUUGCGCAUUCCCAAUCUCCGCCCCUUAUUGCUGUGGUUGAUGACAAUCUAUACAUGUUAAAAACAUCUUUGAACGAGCUUCGGGUAUAUGAUAUAAACACAAAUAUUUGGAAGAAAGUUGGUGUUGUCCCUGUGAGCGCAAACGCUGCCUUCGGUUGGGGGAUUGCGUUUAAAUCGAUGGGAGACAGACUUCUGGUGAUUGGAACUUCUCACUCUUGGCAUAGGAAGAGAGUAGUUCACUCAUGCUGUCCUUCUCCAGACGUGGAAGAGCAGCACUGGGAAGAAAUAAGACAUUGGUGUGUUGGUGCUGAGCUCCCACAGUUUAUUCAUAACUGUUGUGUGAUGUUUGCUUAAAGUUUUUUCCAAGGAAAGCUUGGAAACUUAUUUGUUUUUGCAUUUGUGCUUAAAGUUGUUGCUUUUGGUUUUAAGUUGUUUGGUUUGUGUUUUUCUGAAUUUUUUGUUUUUCAUUUAGGAUAAAAAUGUUGUUGUUUUUCGUUUGUUUUAAGUGCUUAUGUUUGUGAAAAAAAUACUAAUGUUGUUUAUGUAAUGGUUAUUUAUUUAUUUUGGUUUUGUUUUUUCCCUCUUCAGCCAUAAAUGUCAUGUUCAGUUAAAAUCGCUAUCUGGUUUCAGUUUAUUUUCCAAAAUUUUAGGUUUGUAAAAGUUAUAACACAUUAAAAUCGUAUCUUAAUUUAUUUUUUUAGUUCGGAUAACUAGAGUUUUAAGGUCAUUUGGCUUUUCAACCGUAAACCAUGGCUGUAUCUAUUUUUAUUUAAAAAUUCCUUAUUUGAUUUUAUAUGGUUACAUAAUGGAUUUUCUAUAAGAUUUUACUAAAACAGGGAAUAAAUUAAUUUAGUUUUGGUAAUUUUCAUAUAUCAUUUUAUCGUAUUUUGUGUGAACCCAAUAUUUAUUAUUUACACAGAGGUGCGAAAAAAUAAUGGAGUUGCAAAUAGGUAGAAAUAAAAGAACAACAUUUAUAAAUAUGUGCAUAUUUAUCUACAAAUAAUAAUAAGGAUAAGGUUGUUAUUUCUUAAUAUUAUUACAUGUCAGUUCGAUAUUAGCGGCUUGAUCUCUGUAACUAUUUAUUAAAUCAUCCCUAUUUCAAAACUCUUUAUUGUUUAUCCAAGAUCAAUGAUUGGAGUUCGCAAUAUUUUUUUCAUUGAAGCCGAUUUAAAGAACUCUCUGAAGCUAUAGGAGCAUCAAUUUUUUCUUCUGGAAAGUGAACAUUGUAAGCUACUUAAAAGGUACCGGAGAAAUAAUAAAUAUCCGUUGCAUUGUAACAUAAGUUCAUUUCUUUAUAUACUCUUAGAGUAACCAAAUACAGUUUGGUUCGAAUCAGGUUAGUCAUAGGGUAUUAAAUUAAUACUCGACUUUCGAUUUAUAAAUCUAUUGUGUUAUAUACACAAAUAGACUUUGAUCUGAAGAAAAUAUAAAAAAUGGACUUUCAUUAUAGAUGGAAAGUAAUCUUUUAAUUUAAAAUGGAACCAUUUUAUUUUGCAAGUAUCAACUUUGUUAUUUAUUGUUCUUUAAUAACGCAAACAUUUUUUUAAAAAAAAAUUGCAAUGAAAUAAAAUAAUUAAUUUAAUUGAAAGCCAAAAAGUAUUCAAAACAUUUCUUUGAAAACCUAAUAAAUAUUCUCAAACAAUUAACAAAAACUUA